UUUGUGAAAAAUGUGCUGAGGACAUUUAAUAGAAUAGUAAAGAAUGGAUCAACAGAGGAUUUUGAUAGCCUUCCCUACAUUUGUACAUUGCUUAAUUCAUCUUUGUGGACUUACUAUGGAAUUAUUAAGCCAGGAAGCUACCUUGUCUCUACUGUCAAUGGCUUUGGAGUCAUUGUUGAGACUAUCUACAUUGCUUUGUUCCUUCAAUUUGCUCAUCCAAAAAUGAGAAAAAAGACAGCCAGCCUAGCUGGGGUUCUGAAUGUGGUGAUUUUUUCAACAAUUCUAUUAUUGGGGCAGUUACUUUUACAUGGUCAAAUGAGAAUUAACGUAAUUGGUUUCGUUACCGCAGGUUUAACCAUCAUCAUGUAUAGCUCCCCUUUUGAUCUCGUGAAAACAGUGGUGACAACGAAGAGUGUAGAGUAUAUGCCAUUUUUCCUAUCCUUUUUUCCUUUUCUUAAAUGGCAGUGUUUGGACUUUUUACCCCUGCUUGUGGGUGACUGGUUUAAUGGAGUAUUAAAUGGGACUGGAUGCUUUCUGGGAGCAGUACAGUUGAUUAUUUACGUCAUUUACCGGAACCCUAAUUCAUCAAAACAAUUAGAGGGCCAAACGGAGUGCCUGCUACCACCUUCUUCCAGCUAAACUCA